UUCAAACACUGGCAACACUGAUAAAAUUUAAAAAAAAGUUAAAAAAUGUCGGAAUGUGGUUGUGCUUCGUGUAAUUUUUAAUAGUUUCGUCACUUUAUUACUGGACAUUGCUUAUUUUUCUAGCAAUAAACUAGUUUAUUUAAUAUCUAUUAGCAGUUUUGGUUGUUUGUGUUGGUGAGGGUGACAGACAAAUGGAUGAAAUGUGGUAGAAGUGGAUUGAAGCACUAAAAACCUUGCCGGGACUCCCCUAAGUCGACUUUAAUCAUUUAUUAAGUUCGGGCCAUCUAACACGGAGAUUACAUUAUUAUCGUUGCACAAAUUUUGCACAUGUCGUCGCUGAAUUUCGUUACAUACUAACUGUUGUGUGUCAGGAGCAGUGUUUUUCAUUGAAUUGGGUCACUGGUGAAUCAAAAAAUUGUAAAUUAUCGGAUAACGCCAGCCCACAAGAUGGCCGACUGUUAUUCGUAAGAUAAUGAGCGGUGCGUCUGGUUCAUCAGGGAGUGGUACGGGACGCGGCAGAGGUUCGGGCUCUAACGGGGCCAUCGCUGAGAAUAAACCAGAUACAAAAGAAAAUAAACCCAAUUCCAAGAUGUCGAAGGCUCUUGGGACAUCAGCAAAGAGGAUCCAGAAGGAACUUGCAGAGAUUACACUAGACCCCCCACCAAACUGCAGUGCGGGGCCAAAGGGAGACAACUUGUAUGAAUGGGUGUCCACCAUCCUAGGCCCACCUGGCUCAGUUUAUGAAGGCGGAGUGUUCUUCCUUGACAUCCAUUUCUCUCCAGAGUACCCAUUCAAACCUCCUAAGGUGACAUUCCGGACUAGGAUAUAUCAUUGUAACAUCAAUAGCCAGGGAGUCAUAUGCCUAGACAUCCUGAAAGACAACUGGUCGCCCGCGCUGACAAUAUCUAAAGUUUUACUAUCAAUAUGCUCCUUGCUCACUGACUGCAAUCCAGCGGAUCCCUUAGUGGGUAGCAUCGCAACACAAUAUCUCCAGAACAGAGAGGAACACGAUCGCAUCGCGCGCCUCUGGACUAAGCGCUACGCAACAUGAUUGCCCUGCCCCCGCACCGCCGCUAAGGAACAACCUGCAGUAUCAUACUCAAUACCAUUCUGUUCUAAAUCCAUCCUGUUCACGUAAAUGUAAGCUUAUAAUGUUAAAUCUGAUCACUCCGCGCUCCCGGCGGCACAUUCGCUACCUGCACCCUCGCACUUAACGAAUGUGCCCCAUAUAGCGCGGGAUGUUUAUACAGCUUAUUAAUUUUUAGUUGCAAUUAAUGUGAUGUCAGUAUGCUUAAUGACGGUCUGAAUUAUAUAAUUUUAGAAUGAUGAACGAUUUAGUUGUGAAUUGAAUGAUUUUCUGUUAAUGUUUCUAGCUCUGUAUUAUACAUAAUACAGUGAUAAGUUUACUAAUGAAAGUGUAUCGUAGGUUUAACCAGUGAUUUGAGUCAAUUUUGCCGCUAUAAUGCGAUGAUCUCAUACACUCUUCACCUGUUACUACUUAUGUGUAAGUAUGUCUGAACUAUUGCGAUACCUACUAUUAAUAUUUGGGAAUAAAUCGCAUUAUUGUAUUGUAAAAUGUUUUUGAUUUCAGGCUAAUACUUGCAUGUCUUAUUGGAUUUAGAGUAAUAACUUUAAAGACAAUAUUUUAAUUGCUGUCAGUCCCCACUUUGAUUUGAAAUUUUAUUUGUUGUAUUAUAGUUCCUUUGUUGAGUCAGUAAAUGAUUUAUGUGAAUGCAAUAUUUUAUACAAAUUCAACACAAACGCCACUGCGCUGUGCAAUGUACGACAUUCAUUCUCUACCUUUGCCACAAAUGUCUUCAAAUGAAUCACUGAAAGGUUGUAAUUCCUCUUGUCCUCCUGUAUAUUGAAUUUUGCAGUUUGUAAUAUUAUAGUACUUUAAUUUUUGGAGAUAAAAUGUGACAGAACUGGCAGCAUUGACAAAGUACAAACUGAUAUGGUUUCAAAAAUUACAUGAAGAACCACCAAUCCACUACCAACUUCAAUGCUUUGUAAUUAUAAUUAAGACAACCUUAUUUCAAGAGCGAGCAAUAAUGUUGCUUAUAUUCUAGUGAGAUGUCACAUGUUGGCUGAGGAAACAAUGCAAAAUUAUAGUUUUGUGAGUGUAUAAAGUAAAUAGGAUGUUUGCUUCGGAGGGUCAAGUCAGUCGGUACCUUGAAGUACCAUGUACGUAUUAUAUUUUUAAUCGAAUCUAAUUUUGGUUUAUUGUCAUUAUUUUUAUUAGCGAAUGCGUUAUGAAUGUCGCUAAAAGCUUCAUUUGACUGAAAACUGAGAAAAGUUGCAUUAGAUAGGUUUUCAACAUGGUCCAUUUUGUUAAGGAUUAGAUAGUCAAAUUAUUUGGAAUUUUAAGACUUCGUAACAAAACGGGGACGUAUAGUUUGUUUUAUUUGUGCAAUUUAAAGGGAUUUUUUUUAUAUACAUAAUUAAAUCUUGAUUUUAUUUUACAUUGUAUGACUAUAAACAUUUUACGUUGAUUGUGUAGAGUAGGCCUGGGAUAUAAUACCUAUUUAUUUUUAUAAUAUUGACUUAUGAAAUAUAUAUUGCGUAGUCUCUUCGUUAUAGCCGUUUGAUGUAAAGUGAUUCGACAAUAUAAUGUGCGGCGUCGUCACGGUAGCAGCGGACUUCGGGUUUGAUAGUAUGUUUUACUCGUUAUCACAUAUCAAUCUAACAUCUGGAUAAUGAAUUGAAAUUUAGAUUUAUUUGUUGUGAUAAUUUUGACUACUUUUACCAUUAUCUAAGUGCCAAAACUCAGGCACAUUGGCCUCCGCUCCAGUCUGACAUCUCCAACUUUUCUAAAAUAUUCCGUUUAGUAUGUAAACAGUAUUAGGUGUAAGUUAUUUUAUUGUCUAGAUAAUGUAUAAUGUAUGUCUUAACCUUAGAACUAAUUAGAAUUUUAGCGUUGUAAUGAUUUUAACUAAAAGUGUAUGUAUGUCGCGCGUAUAUGAAUGUUUUGGUGAUACCGUCGUGAAAAUGAAGAUUUUAUAAAUUGGGUGAUACCGCGAGUGUCGGAACUGGUGCUGUGAGAUUCAGAUGCUUGCGACAUACAGAUGAAUACUGAUCGAUGUAUUCGGGACUGGUAUAUUUUGUCAUUGUGAUUUUUAAAUUAUUUUAUACUGUGACUUGAAAUGUGUUGCUUGCAAGACAACAGCUGUAUUUAACGCGACUGAUGUUCCUCAAAAUUCAAUGUUCAUGCUCUGAAACCUAAUAACCAUCCUCUGUUAUUACAAUUUAUAUCAUGGUAUAAAAUAGGAAAAUAAAAAUGUGUGUAACUAGGACACUCAA